AUGCUCACUCGAUGUAUGCUGCUGCUGAUCGUCUGCGUGCAACUCGUCUCAGCCAUCAAAUUCGACUUGACGGCAGAGCACUCGCCACCGGUCAAGUGCAUAUGGAACUAUGCCCUGUCCGACACCUUGGUCAUUGUUACCAUCAACACCAAGCCCAACGAUGUUGGAAGCGAAGCGGAUCAGAGAGUGGAUGUGGAAGUGGUGGAUGGCAGCAAACACAACAACGUCUACCUGUCCAAGAAGGGAAUCGGUAAAAAGGAGACUAGGAUGGCCAUUAAUACCCACACGCACGCUGAUCUGGGUGUAUGCUUCAAAAACACCUUGCGGAAAGGUGAGCAGUGCGCGCAUGGAAGGACAAGGAAGGAGAGCAGGCGUACUGCUCGGCCUUCCUGAUGGCGAAUGUCGAGUGCAUCUCAUUGCGUCGGCGAGUCUGUUCGAAGCUGUGCAACAGGUGCUGACGUCAUCCCUGGACCAUUUCUCCUCUGACGCAUCUCUUGCGCAUAUCUAGGAGCAUCUGCGCACCCCAUCAAGUCCACCAUGAUCGACCUCGAUGUGGACAUUGGCGCUGAUGCGGUGGACUACAAUGCCAUUGCCAAUCAAGAGUCCCUCUCAGGACUAGAAACUGAGAUGAGGAAGCUGGAGGCUGUUGCGGGCGAGAUCGUCAACGAGAUGGACUACCUCAAGAAGAGAGAAGGCAAGAUGCGGGAUACGAAUGGUGAGUGCUUUCCCCACUGCAUUUCGCAAUCAAAUGGGGCUCUUGGAUGGCGCUGCGCGACGCAUGACGCGCGAUCUUCUGAUGCUGCCGUCAGCUCACCUUGCUGCCUUGCCUCUGAUCAAUCUUUUACCCUGCCAGAGUCGACAAAUAACAGAGUGGAAAAUUUCGCGUGGAUCACGAUCGUCGCUCUCAUAGGCCUGGGCUCGUGGCAGAUCAUUUACUUGCGAAGCUUCUUCAAGCGGUGAGUUUUAUUCUGUUGCGCACCUCCAAAAGGCGUCUGCACAGACCCCUGACGUCUCCUACGUUCCCUGCAGGCUCUAUUUGAUCGAUUGA